GGGGACAGGGGGCAGGCCUAGAGCCUCAGCAGGAACCGAACGCAGAUUGCGGUGCUGUGCUCGGAGGUGAGGAGCAUCCACGGAGGAGUGCCGUGUAGUAUGUCGCCGCACAGGAGGGGCCGCUUCGCUUGGAGUCUUGUGUAUCUUUUCUAAAAAAAAAAAAAUAACAAAAGGGGUUCUCCGUGGAGAGAGAUGAAUGUGGCCGCCACUCAUUUACCAUGUGUGAGGGUUGCCUGCUUCCUCGAGCUUCUCCCUCUGCUGCGUUAGCCCCAUCAAGAUUGCCUCAUUUCCGAGGCUGCAGUCCUAACGCCUCUGAUGCCGCAUAGUUGGCCCAACAGCGCCGACACGUUAAUCUGUCCAGCUUUGCUGCUGCUGCCGCCGGUGUGCUGAUGCCAAAUCUGCCCUUGAAAUUCAGCCCUAUGAUGAAGAGGCCCAAGCAGCACCCCCAUCUCAGUUUCCUGAGCUUCUUCAGUAGGAAGUCCAAAUCCACCCCCAAGCUGGAAAGACCGCUGGCCCCAGAAGAGCGAGGGCCCAACAAAGUCCGGGAUGAGAUCAGUCUAACUCUGACGCCCAGUGAACAUGACGUCAGGGAUCUCGAGCAAGGGGACGCUAGGAGGACGGGGCUUUCUUCUGCCUCCUCCAGCCAUGAGCAGCUCUUGGACCAACUGGAGUGCCCAUUGUGCCUUCUUUGCCAACCUCGGUGCCACUUUCCUGAGCUCUCCUCUUGCCCUCACCGUUCCUGCUCAGACUGCCUGCGCCUGUACCUGCGAAUUGAGAUCACCGAAAGCCGAGUGUGCAUCGCCUGUCCUCAGUGCCCGGAGAUUCUGGCCCCGCUGGACGUCCAGACCAUCCUGGAGGACGAAGCCCUGCUGGAGAGGUACGAGGAGUACCAGCUGCGGAGGUUUCUGGCAUCAGAUCCAGAUACGCGAUGGUGCCCAGCACCUGACUGCAGUUACGCAGUGAUUGCCUAUGGCUGCGCAGAGUGCCCAAAACUGAGCUGCGGACGGGAUGGCUGUCGGACCGAGUUUUGUUAUCACUGCAGGCAGCUGUGGCACCCGGACCAGACCUGUGACCAGGCUCGACGGCAACGAUCCCGCAACACGUCAGGGAACAAGGAGGCGUCCACGCUGCUGAUCUUCAGUGAGGAGGCAGGCAGUGAACUGGAGGAGAUCAAAGCGUGCCCACGGUGCGGCGCCUACAUCAUGAAGACCAACGAUGGCAGCUGUAACCGGAUGAACUGUACCGUCUGCGCCUGCCAGUUCUGCUGGCUCUGCAUGAAGGAGAUCACGGACGUGCACUACCUCAGUCCUUCAGGCUGCACAUUCUGGGGCAAAAAACCCUGGUCUAGGACCCGCAAGAUCAUCUGGCAGGUGGGCAUGCUGCUCGGGGCUCCAGUGGUCAUCUCUCUUAUUGCCGGCAUCGCCAUCCCUGUAAUAAUCGUUGGGAUACCAAUCUACAUGGGACGAAAGGUCCACAGUCGAUGUAAGAAAAACAGUAUCUCAGGAAGCAAGCAGUACCUGACCGUAGCCAGUGGGGUCAUCAUGUCCGUCUUUGUGUCUCCUGUGAUCGCCGCCGUCACUGUUGGCGUUGGUGUCCCGCUGAUGAUGACUUACGUGUACGGUGUGGUGCCCAUGUCUCUCUGUCGGAAUGGUUGGUGUGGAGCACAGAAUGAACAAGCAGAGCCGGGGAAGAUCCAACUGGAAGACCUCGUGAUUGACCACUGGACUGGCCAUCCCAACCCCGCCAUAAGUGAAAACAGCAUCCAUGAAGUGGUCACUCUGCCCAGCUCAACGAGAAGCCACCAGGAGAGGGAAAGUGCAAAGGAGAAUGACAACCAGUCGGCCAGCACGGUGGCUUUGGCAGGGAGCAUGUUCAGUGAGACUCAGGAAAUGUCACUGAGGGAAGGAAACAACAUUGAAGUGCAGGUGGAAAUCGAAGCCCAUCCCCGAGAUGGCCAAGAGCAGAGUCUUAGCAGCAUCCUGUCCAGUCAGAGCCUGUCCAUCGAGUCUCUGCGGUGUUCACGAGAACAGCUGUGUGGAAGUGAGCUGAACCGAGUCACCACGCCUGAAGCAAACGUCGUCUGAGGGACGGCGGCGAACCCCUGUGUCUCACCUUCCAGCCGGCCAGCGCCGUCACCUCCUGACAGAUGCUAACCGACCUCACCCGAUUUGUCAGAGGCUUCAAGGCUCUCAGCUCAUUGGUUUGAAGUUUUCAUCCUCUCGUAAACGUCAUCCCCUUUUACUAAUCCAUUUAAUAGUUUUAUUUCUGACAGGGAUGAAAUGUGUUGGUUUUUGAUUGUUGAAAACACUAGCAUGUGGGCCUUUUAUAUGAAGGAUAUGUUGCCUGCUCCUGAGUAUGAAAUAGAUUUAAGAGUUUAUUUAUUUACAAAUGAAAAAAAUUAUGUUUACCUCUCUAGUAUUAUCUUUGUCUUUUUAUUUUUAAUCUAUAACAGUCUUCUGGGAAUUCUGUUUUUUUUGUUUUUUUUGAUUUUCUUGGAUUUAUGGACCAAGGAACUAAAAACAAUUGCAAUAACCGUGAGCCAUCACCUCCAGGGUGGCUCCACCAUGAGCUCUGGGCUUUACCUCGAGGCACGGAGAUCCUCGUGUUUUAUGAUGAGAUGCACAGGAUUUGUCCAUAAGAUGUAACAGGGGGGUCCACAAGUCGAGAUCCUUUUUGCUCGAUCUUUCUAUUUUGUGAGAGAUGUGGCACCAUGGAAGGAGCUGAGGGCCAAUGUCGUGCAUCUCUAGCUUUGUUGUAAAGUCCAUCAUGCUGAAAAGUUAGUGCUCCGCUUCCACAAAAGUAUCGCCAAAGCACGGCUGCGGUGGGAUCCACUUGCUUCUAUCUGUAACAAGGAUGAGAUGCACCCGAGGAGAACUUGUGCCUCCCUUUCCAUCCCGCCAAGUGUGAGAGCUAAAAUAAAGAUGUUUUAUCAUGGA